CCCUCCCCUCCUUCUCCUCCUCCUCCUCAUCGGGCUCAGGUUGCGGCUUCCCGGGGCAACGGCUCACCUAUCCCGGACUGAGCCGGGGAAGCCAGCGGCUGCGAGCCCGGGUGGGCACUCCAGCCCCGCGGCCCCCCGGCGGCCGUGGCAGGCGGGAGCGGGCGCGCCGCAGCCCCAGGACGCGCGCGGUGAGUCCCGCCGGGGCCGGGGCCGGGGAGGUCGCCAGAGGGGCCACGGCGGCGCCCGGCAAGCGGAGCAAAGGACCAUGAACAAGAUGAAGAACUUUAAGCGCCGGUUCUCCUUGUCUGUGCCCCGCACUGAGACCAUUGAAGAGUCACUGGCUGAGUUCACGGAGCAGCUCACCCAGCUGCACAACCGACGGAACGAGGACCUGCAACUCAAUCCCCUCGGCGGAGACCCCCAACCGGAGCCCAGUGCCCUGUCACCCACAGACAGUGGGGAGGAGCUGGGGCGCCCAUCCCCUGGCAUGCAGUACUGCCGACCACAGAACCAGCGCCGCUUCUCCAUGGAGGAUAUCAGCAAGAGGCUCUCGCUGCCCAUGGAUAUCCGCCUGCCCCAAGAAUUCCUGCAGAAGCUACAGCUGGAGAACCCAGACCUGCCCAAGCCGAUCAGCCGCAUGUCCCGCCGCGCCUCACUGUCAGACAUCGGCUUUGGGAAACUGGAAACCUACGUGAAACUGGACAAGCUUGGGGAGGGCACCUAUGCCACGGUCUUCAAAGGGCGCAGCAAACUCACACAGAACCUGGUGGCCCUAAAGGAGAUCCGGCUGGAACAUGAGGAGGGCGCACCUUGCACAGCCAUCCGCGAGGUGUCACUCCUGAAGGACCUGAAGCAUGCCAACAUUGUCACCUUACAUGACCUCAUCCACACAGACCGCUCCCUCACAUUGGUCUUUGAGUACCUGGACAGUGACCUGAAGCAAUAUCUGGACCACUGCGGGAACCUCAUGAGCAUGCACAAUGUCAAGAUCUUCAUGUUCCAGCUGCUCCGGGGCCUGGCCUACUGCCACCGCCGUAAGAUCCUGCACCGGGACCUCAAGCCCCAGAACCUGCUCAUCAAUGACAGGGGCGAGCUGAAGCUGGCUGACUUUGGACUGGCCCGGGCGAAGUCGGUGCCCACCAAGACCUAUUCCAACGAGGUGGUCACCUUGUGGUACAGACCUCCCGAUGUGCUGCUGGGCUCCACGCAGUACUCCACUCCCAUCGACAUGUGGGGCGUGGGCUGCAUUCACUAUGAGAUGGCCACCGGGAGGCCCCUCUUUCCUGGCUCCACUGUAAAGGAGGAGUUACAUCUCAUCUUCCGCCUCCUCGGGACCCCUACAGAAGAGACCUGGCCCGGGGUGACGGCUCUGUCCGAGUUUCAAGCCUACAGUUUCCCCCGGUACCUCCCUCAGCCGCUGCUCAGCCAUGCUCCCAGGUUGGAUCCCGAUGGCAUCAGCUUCCUGAGCAGCUUCCUCCUGUACGAAUCCAAGAGUCGCCUGUCUGCGGAAGCUGCCCUGAGGCACCCCUACUUCCGGUCUCUGGGAGAGCGUGUGCACCAGCUGGAGGACACUGCCUCCAUCUUCUCGCUGAGGGAAAUCCAGCUCCAGAAAGACCCCGGCUACCGCAGCCUGGCCUUCCAGGCACCAGGACGAGGGAAGAACCGGCGGCAGAGCAUCUUCUGAGCCAGACGCACCUGCUGCAGUCCCAAGGGAAAGGAGUCGCAGCUAGCACCAGUUCAGACAGCACGAGGACUGAGGCUGACGGCCAGGCUGGAACCCUGCUUGGCAGCCCUGCUGGCCAUGGCUGUUUCCCGUCCCUGCUCCCACACGCCUCCCAGGGCCCUCACUGGAUGCAUCCCUUCUGUCACCUGCCACCAUGGGCUGACCAUGGACCACUUCCCUGGGCGAAGCCCACAGGGCCUUAGAGGCUCUCUCACCCCAGAGUGCUCGGGCACGGGAGACCCCAAGCCCCGAGAGGUGUCCCCAGGACAGCAGAAGGAAGCAUCAUUCCCACCUUCCUCCUCCCAUUCUUCCCUGCUGGGUGCCCAGCUGCGCCCAGGGGUGCCCUGGUACUGUCAGUUGCACCUCCACCACCUCAGUCAGCCUUGCCCACUGCCUGUAUCAGAAUGGAGUUGCCUUAAAUUGGCAGGUGGAACAGCCCCCACUGCCCUUGGAGCUGUGACUCAGCCCCUACCUGUCCCUUGCCUAUCUUAUCACCCAUAAGCACCAAAAACCAGCCUGGGUCAGGGUCCUGGGGACGGCGCCAGAUAUGCAUGGUCACCUUGACACUGGUGACCGGUCAGCCCUGGCUCCUGGGGCUGGCAAGGCCUCCCUUGUGCCCUUCUGCCUUGUCCUGCAGCUUUGCCCACCUGACCCCAGUCCCAGCUUCCCUGUGCACCUCUCCCUGGCCUGCCCAAAGGGUGGCCACAAACUGGAGGGGUGUGCAUGCCCCAGACUGAGGUAGGGGACAGGGCUUGGAGCAUGCGGGACCACUACCCCGAGAAGGCACCCCUCUUGCAUUCUUACUCUGAAUAGCAAAGGUCAAGGGGAGGCCAGGUCCUGCCCUUCCCCACCAGGCCCCUGCCCAGCCUGGCCAAUCUCAGGCUACCCCCAUCUCUCACCCCUCCCCUUCCCCAGCAUUGUACUGUGAACAUCCUGGGACUCUGCACAAAGACAGAUAAUAUAUUUAAUUCACAUAGUA